AUGGAUGUGCCGGAGCACAGCGACUUUAUCAACGUUGGUAAGGAUGAAACUGCCAUUGGGAAACACCAGUCUCUAGAUCCCAAUACGUACCUCUCUCUGGAUGGGAACAGUCUGAACACAGCUGAUCUGGUCCGUUUGGGGAAAGGCCUGUUCAACAUCAAGCUGACCUGCGAGGCUGAAGGGAAAGUCAAUGAAGCCAGAGAAGUGAUAGAAACCAUCAUAAAAGAAAACCGGGUUGUCUAUGGUGUCAACACAGGGUUUGGGAAAUUUGCCCAUACGCUCAUCCCGAAGGAUAAGCUCAUGGAACUACAGGCCAAUCUGAUUCGUUCUCACAGUGCUGGAGUGGGCCCCCCAUUGAGUGUAGAGAGGACCCGUAUGCUACUGGCUCUGAGGAUCAAUGUUCUGGCCAAAGGGUACAGUGGCGUCUCCAUGGAAACGGUCCAGGCUAUGGUCAAAGCCUUCAAUGAUCUUUCCCUCUACUCCCCCUGCCUGUUGCGGGUGCCAGAGAAGGGGACGGUAGGGGCUACUGGAGACCUGGCCCCCCUGGCCCACCUCACCCUGGGCCUUAUGGGAGAGGGCAGGAUGUGGUCGCCUCAACGUGGCUGGGACCACGCCAAAACAGUUGGGUACUGGUGUCAUGGAGUCACACCUUUGGUACUGAAGCCUAAAGAGGGCAUCGGUCUGAUCAACGAAACUCAGAUGAGGUCAUCUCUGGAGGCGGAGGCAGUGGAACGAGCUGUGGGCGUGGCCAGGCAGGCUGACAUCAUCGCUGCCCUCAGCCUGGAGGCCCUGAGGGGCACCACCAAGGCCUUCCACAGCGACAUUUAUGCAGUGAGGCCACACCUUGGUCAGAUAGAGGUGGUUCUGAGACUCCGCUCUCUACUCCACUCUGACGUCUUCCCCUCCCAGAUCUCUGGUAAAAAUCAUAGGACAUGUGACCGUGUCCAAGAUGCAUACACCCUCCGCUGUAUCCCACAGGUUCAUGGGGUAGCUAACGACACCAUAGCCUUUGUUAAGAUCAUCCUCUCCACUGAGCUCAACAGUGCCACUGACAACCCUCUGGUUUUUGCAGAGCGAGGUGAGACUAUCUCUGGGGGUAAUUUCCAUGGAGAAUACCCAGCCAAGGCUCUAGACUACCUGGCCAUCGGGGUCCAUGAGCUGGCCAGUAUGAGUGAGAGGAGGACAGAGAGGCUGGUCAACCCCUCCCUCAGUGAGCUGCCUGCCUUCCUGGUCCAAGACGGAGCCCUCAACUCUGGCUUCAUGAUUGCACACUGCACUGCUGCCGCCCUUGUAUCUGAGAGCAAGGCAUUGUGCCACCAGUCCUCCGUGGACUCCCUGUCCACCAGCGCAGUUACUGAAGACCACGUCUCCAUGGGGGGCUGGGCCGCUAGGAAGGCCCUGAGAGUGGUGGAACACGUAGAGCAAGGUAACUCAUACAGUACAAGCUGCUCGCUGCUCACUGCCUGUCAAGCCCUGGAGUUUCUCCGCCCGCUCAAGUCCACUACCCCUCUGGAGAAAGUCCAUGAGCUAGUGCGUUCUGUUGUCAGGCCUUGGGAUCAUGACUGUCAAAUGAGUCCUGACAUUGAGACUGCUCACACGCUCCUCAGGGAGGAAAAGGUGUGGGAGGCGGUUCGGCCAUACAUGGACCAAUACUGAGAAAGGCUCGGACUGAAACCACUCCCACUGGAUGACUAGGAUAUUUUUAUAAAAAUGACUCAAGUAUUUCUUACUUCUACUGUAUGAUUCCAAAUGCAGGA